UCAAAGGGCCCUAAGUCCACUGGCUUUUAUACAUUAGGUGCACAUGAGUCAAGCUAGUAAAGAGCUCAGCAUUGAGACGUGCCACUUACUCUCCUGCCUAUCGAACCAGGAGUAUAUAACGAAACUGAAGAAUUGAAAGGACAUCUCUAGUGAAGGAGGAGGAAAAGCCAGAAUAGUCAGUCAGCAUUUGAUUUUUUCACAGCAAAAAGCAAAGGAUUAAACUGCGUUUAUACAUCUCACCAUCUCUUUUUAACAAAAUGGCAAUGCAGAACAGGCAGGUGUCUUUGACCCAAGUUUUGACCCUGGCGCUGGUUCUGCUCACCUCAGCAGCUUCGGCAGAGGAAUACGACUAUUACAGCUGGCAAUCGGACAAUUUCCACAACGGCCGUUUUUAUGCCAAGCAGCCGCAGUGCGUGGACAUCCCAGCUGACCUGCGGCUCUGCCAUAACGUGGGUUACAAGAAGAUGAGACUACCGAACCUGUUGGACCACGAAACCAUGCCCGAGGUCAAGCAGCAGGCGGGCAGCUGGGUGCCCCUACUGGCGAAACGCUGCCACGCUGAUACGCAGGUGUUUCUCUGCUCGCUGUUUACCCCCGUGUGCCUGGACCGACCCAUCUACCCGUGCCGCUCUCUGUGCGAGGCGGUGCGGGACAGCUGCGCCCCAGUCAUGGAGACCUAUGGCUUUCCUUGGCCGGAGAUGCUGCAGUGUGACAAGUUUCCCAUUGACAAUGAUCUGUGUAUUCCCAUGCAGUUCGCCGGGGGUCAUGCCACUCAAACUCCAGUUUCAAAAGUCUGUCCGCCCUGUGACACUGAGUUGAAAUCCGACACCAUAAUGGAGCAUUACUGUGCCAGUGAUUUUGCAAUCAAGAUGAAGAUUAAAGAAGUGAAAAAAGAAAAAGGAGACCGCAAACUCAUCGCAGCACAGAAGAAGAAGAAGGUUCUGAAGAGUGGAGUACUAAGAAAGAAAGAUUUAAAGAAGAUCACGCUUUACAUCAAGAACGGCGCAAACUGUCCCUGCUCACAGCUGGACAACCUCGGGAGCAACUUUCUCAUCAUGGGCCGAAAGGUGGACCAGCAGUUGCUGCUUAUGUCCAUUCACAAAUGGGACAAGAAGAGCAAAGAGCUCAAAAAUGCCCUUAAAUUCAUGAAGUCUCAGCAGUGUCCCACCUAUCACACCGUCUUUCAGUGACACUUUCAUAACUCUCUCAGAGACUCUUCCUAAUUCAGACCGUUGCCACACACAUUUUAUUACUCAAAUGGCUUUUGGAAACCGCGCCCUUAUGUUGUUCCAAACCGGUAUCUCAUCCGUGGAACACAGAGAAAUUUAAACGGAAUUAUUGUCAUCCCAGUGUUGGGUCAAAAAGGGACAAACCCUACCCAGUGGGUUGUAAUUUAAGCGACCCUAUAUGCUGGGUUGUUUUAACCCAUUGUUGGGUCAAAAAGAAACUUUUUUUAAAUGUAACAUCUGGGUUUGUCCCCUUUGACCCAAUGCUGGAUUGAAAAUACCCAAAAAAAAUUUAUAACAGUUACAAUGAAUGCACACUUGAGGCUUUUAAGCUAAUUUUUUCGGUCUGUUUCUUACGCAAAGCUAUCAUAUGACUUUACAGUUCUUCAAAAAAUGUUCUUGUGGAACAAAAAUCACGACAGACUUUUCAUAUCAUUCAUGUGUACAGCUACAUUUUCUUACUCUACAUUUAUGAGGCCUUGUAUCAAUGUGCUAGAAAAUUCACUGCAAGAAAAUGAGCUUUAAAGAGGGUUGCAUGAGCAAAUAUUUGAUUAUAAUGACCAUGGAGAUUCCACUAAAACAACAAAACAGUGCCGACUGGUUUUUAUUUGUAUCUUUUAUUUUGUAGAUAAGGAAUAAAAGUUUUUAUUAUAUACAAAGACAUGAUUGUGAUCAUUAGUGUGAAUCUAAAACAUGAAGAUUUAAGCCCAGCUGUGGCUUGGAAGGUAAGAGAGCAAAUUGAUUGAAAGUGCAUUGGACUGUUGGUCAGGACCGAGCCCAAAUAUCUCAACCGCAGCCUGUGAGCGAAUCUGGUGCAUUUCUGUGCUUUAAGAGAGCCCGUCAUAUCAGCCAAACUUAUGACAGACUUUGGACUCAUAUACGCAGUUUGGUCGGUGGGGUUUUUCUAAUACAUUUUAAACAGUAUGCAGACUUUUUUACUAAAAUUAUUAUCUAUUGCUUUAAAUAUAAAUAAUGGGAUUCCAUUGUGUGCAAGUUCACUGUA